AGGAUGUAGUUUGAGUAGAGGAAUUUCGUUGUUGUGUUGUCCGUAAUCGUCCUUCUGUCUUCAGCUAUCGCUGGACAAGUUUAAACUACAACACGUGUCACCACUAUAUCGGUGUGCAGCUUCCUCCCUGGCAACCAGCAUCUUCCUCCCCGGCAACCAGGAGAAGCUGCGCGAUGAUGGUUAGAAGACGGUGAUGACGACGAUGAUGGCGGUGCAGUCGGUGAGUCUGCGUGAUUUCCUUCUGGAGGCUGAGCUGCAGCAGUACCACAGCGCCUUUACGAAGGACCUCAAGGUGACGACCGUGCAACAGCUGAAGUACGUGGACGAUGAGGAUCUGAUGCUCAUCGGCAUGACGAAACCAGAGAUGAGGAGGCUGAAGAAAUUCUUCCAGAAGGAGUAUCCACAGGGAACACUGGGAAGGUUCCGGAAGAAGAUCAUGAAGGGUUCGUCGUUUGAUGAGCGACGGGCUAGCAGCCUGCCACCCCCUCUGGUGGAUAAGCAGGUGGCAAACUCUCCUUCGAAGGCCGCCAAUAGACACAUCAUACCCAGCGACAGCAUCACCGUGUGCAAGGAGCUUGGUGUGGGGGAGUUUGGUGUUGUUCAACAGGGUAUCUGGACAAAUGAGGAUGGAGACAGGAUCCAGGUAGCUAUCAAGUGCCUCAGCAAGGAGCACAUGCUCAACAACCCGAUGGACUUUCUCAAGGAGGCCUGCAUCAUGCACACGAUCGACAAUAGACACAUCGUGCGUCUCUACGGUGUUGUGCUGAACACGCGAGCACUUAUGCUGGUGACAGAACUUGCACCAUUACGCUCGCUGCUGGAAUGCCUCAAGGAGCCAACGCUGCGAUCCAGCUUCCCCGUCUCAAUCCUCUGCGAGUUUGCACUGCAGAUCACUAACGGCAUGCAUUAUCUAGAAGACAAUCGACUCAUCCAUCGCGAUCUAGCUGCUAGAAACGUCCUCGUCUUCUCUAAGAACUGCGUGAAGAUCAGUGAUUUUGGGCUUUCUAGAGCACUGGGUGUCGGAAAAGACUACUAUCAGACCAAUUUCAACGUAAACUUGAAGCUGCCGAUUGCGUGGUGUGCGCCGGAGUGCAUCAACUACCUGCGAUUCACGUCAGCCAGUGAUGUGUGGGCUCUCGGUGUCACUCUCUGGGAAAUGUUCUCCUACGGAUUCCAACCAUGGGCGGCGCUCACGGGACAACAGAUCUUGGAGGCGAUCGAUGAGCCAAGCUAUCAGAGGUUGGAGAAACCUGAGUGCUGUCCAGCCGAUUACUACAGACUGAUGGCCAGCUGCUGGGAACACGAACCACCCAAGCGACCCACGUUCGCCGAGCUGCAUCGCGUCAUUCCCAACAUCAAACCAGACCAAGUUCAAGUGAUACAAGAUUCCACCGGUACUAUGAAGAAGGAGCAUUUAGAUGUGAAACAGGGUGACAUCGUCACAGUCCUCGAUAAAAAGCCACCGGAUGCUCCACCAAACCUGUGGAAAGGCGUGCUCAACAAUGGCAAGACAGGCUUGUUCAAGCCCCUUCACACCGUGCCAUACAUGGGAGCCAACUCAAAACAGACUAAGCAAAAACCAAAGACUCUUCCCAAGCCCCUUUCUCUUGGAGCAGUGGGAGGAGGAGGAGCAGCAGAAUCGGACGGCGACGCGCGGCGUUCGCGGCCGGCCCACCGUGGCAAGCUGACCCAGGACAUGAUCAGUCCUCCGCAGGGCGACCUUCGUCACACGCUGCACGUCGGACGAUCCGAGGGAGACGUGUUCGGCGACGUGUCCUUCCUGCGAGGGAAGUAUGCGCAGCUGCCCAAGCAACGCGUGUCACCAUACAAACCGUCCGACGACAGGCAGGCGCCAUUGCGUGCAGAGACGCCCUCUGUUGGUGAGGCGUCGGACCUCGCGCCACUUCUCUGUGAUACAGCUUCCGUGAGCUCGCUGCGUUACGAUGCGAAGGCGGCACCAGCGCGACGAAAUGAGUUUAACAACGAAGGAUUCGAGAGCGCGUCACUCUGUGCGGACUACAACCAGGAUGUGGCUCGUGAGGCGGAGGAGGCGGCGGAGGCGGAGGAGGAUGGAGAGCACAGCUACACGGAGAUUAGUGACGAGAGUGAGAGCUCCUCUCCAUAUAACAUUCAACCGGACGCGUUCCAGUUUGAGAACUCAUCGUUCAUGGACGAGGUCUUCAAGGCUCUCGACGAGAGCGCCGAGUCGUUGUGCGGCGACGACGUGACCUCCGACCCCCGAGAGGUCAACCUGGGUCACGAGCUCGCCGGGGAGGUCGACCAGCUCGCUCGUGACCUCGAGCGACGCGGCGGGCGGCGGCGGCGCAAGAAGCAGCAGUCACUGAUAUCCAUUCCGUUUCCUGGAGUUGUCCACAUCAAUUUCGUGUCCAAGGACGAUGAUAAGUUAAGAUAA